AUGAAUAUUAUUUGUAAACAUUGUUUUGCUUUAAAAUGGAAAGAAGAAAAAAGAAGAUUUUGUUGUUUAAAUGGACAAAUCCAAUUAGCACAACUUAAACCACCACCACCAGCAAUUGAAAUUUUACUUACAGAAGAAGAUUCAGAAUCUAAUAAACCUUUUGUUUCUAAAAUAAUAGCAUAUAAUCAAAUAUUUGCUUUUAUAUCAAUUAGUAGUACAAUAUUAGAUAAAAAACUUGCCAAUGCUAAAAAAGGAGUUUAUACUUAUAAAAUUCGAGGACAACAUUAUCAUCAACAUGAAUAUGGUUGGCAUAAAGAAGAAUUUCUUAAAAUAAUUGAAGAAGAAGAAAUUGUUGACCAAUUUGAAGAAGAUGAAGAUCAAAUUGCUAAUCAAGUUGCUACAAAUAUUAUUAAAGAUUUUAAUUCAAAUUUAACUGCAAAGGCUAAAGAAAAUAUUCAACAAAAAGAAAUUAUUGAAGUUGAUAACUCUUCAAAAACAAUGUCUGUUGAAUUUGACAAUUUAUUACAAAGAAGUUUAGGUUUAUCAGGUGUUUUUGAUGAUAUAGCUUUUAAAUCCUCUACAAAUAUGAGUAUUAGUGAACUUA